UUUAUCUCUCUUGAAAUCCUGGAAGUUGCAGUUUCACAAAGUCUUGAGUCUUAUCUUUCAAAAAGUGCUGGUUUCUCACAAAACUAAAACUCUCAGGAUUCCAUAGCAUGAAGCCAUGGCAGUUCAAGUGGUAUCAAAUUGCAUUAAUUCUACAGUAUAAAUGCAACCCUGUUUGUGUGCUCUUCCCCAUUAAUAGCUUUUGCCAUCCUCACCAUGCUCUGAUGGAUGCUGUGUGGCCACACAUGUCUCACUUUUCAUCUGUGAAAUGUUGGAAGAUGUGACAUCACCUCUUUUUAAUAAAAACUUGCCCUUGGCUGCUGCCCGACGAUAGUGAGCCUUGUCCUCAUCCCGAUGCACAGAGCAGCACUAACUACAAAACUUCAGCCGUCAACAGGAGUCAGCAGACUGAAUCCUCCCACCGAGAAAUCCCCUUGCCGAGUGUAAUUACUUCUGUUUCCUGAAAGGAUUAGAGGAUUUAAUUAGUGUCCUGUUUGAUCUCCCCUGUAUAGAAGCAAGAGAGGAGAUAAUGUAGCCCCCUGAGCCUUUAAAAUACACGCAUUAUGGAAGAUUCAUAAAUUGACAGGUGUGUAUGUGUGCGGAUGUGCAUUUUAGGAAGGGCCUUAAUGACUUGCUAGCCUCGAAACAAGUACAUGAUGGAAUUUGGUUUAAGGACUCCCAUAGAUAACAAAAUCUAUGGAAUCGGACUGAGGAGGGUUAUUUUUUUCUUAUCCAGCCCACUGGGAUUUACUGAUGUUCAUCACCAUGACCUUUGAGGAUCAGCACAACACCAAAGCAGGACACAGAAAAUGGAGACAAAGGGGUGGAAAGGAAGCGUUCCCAAGGGAUUGAAGUGGCUUGCUCUCGGGUGUGUGUCUGUUUACUUUCCAGCCACCUGUGUUUCUGAGUUUUUCAGAUGUGUCAGUGUUAGCCCUGUCCUGACAAGCGCUCCGCAUUUUUUGGUCUCAGCUUCCAGCACAAAAUGGGACAUACUUCUAUUGGUUUCAGUAGGUUUCACAGCUUAUUUCAGAAUUUCUUGUGCAUUUUUAAAAAUGCACUAUUCCCAUUUUAAUAUAUGCUGCAGCACACAUUUAUUUAUUUAUUUACAGUAUUUAUAUUCCUCCCUUCUCACCUCGAAGGGGACUCAGGGCGGAUUACAAUGAACACAUAUAUGGCAAACAUUCAAUGCCAACAGACAAACAACAUUCAGUUUUAGACAGACACAGAGGCAUUUUUAACAUCUUUCCAGCUUCACGAUUCCGGCCACAGGGGGAGCUGUUUCUUCACCGUCCAUUGGUGGCUGUUCUUCCUCAUUCUUUUCCUCGUGAGCAGUUUUAUGGUGUUGUAGAUUAGUUAAAUUAGCCUCCCGCAUAAAGCGUACCUAAAUUUUCCCUACUUGACAGAUGCAACUGUCUUUCGGGGCUGCUAGGUCAACAGCAAGCCGGGGCUAUUUUUUUUUUUUUAUGGUCGGAGGCUUAACUCGACCUGGGCUUCGAACUCAUGACCUCUCGGUCAGUAGUGAUUUAUAGCAACUGGUUACUAGCCAGCUGCGCCACAGCCCGGCCCCUUACACAUUAGGGGUGUAAGUUGCAGAGACCUUGAGCUGGUUUCAAACUGCAUUUUACUAACUGUGUAGAACCGCCAUGAAGUGGGGACAAAGGUGGAAAGUGGGAGAAGAUGAGAAAAAAACUAGGAAAUUUUAAAAGAAAAGUGGAAAGAUCGAUAAUUAACUGGGCGUGUCCUUGUCAAAUAAGGACAGAUGGAGGGUAUGAAACAAAAUAGGGCACAACAUAAUAAAAGGGUGGGAGAUUGAAAAACGAUUUUAAAAUGCAAAAUGACGAGAAAACAGCAAAGUGCAGAACCUUUACCUUCCCAGUAGUCUCAUACGAAAGCGAACUACUGCUACCUCUCCCAGUUUCUUUGUUCAUCUGCAUUAAUAAUGUUUUGCCACCUUGACGGUGUCCUUUGCAGAAAGGGCUGAACCUUGUCUCGGUUAUAAAAUAAUGUUCUUCAAAAGCACAAAAAGUACAUCACAAAGUGAACAGAAAUCCAGUCCUUGAAAGGGAGGUUGGGCAGGACAUGGGAUAGAAGCAUGAAUCAAAUAUAAAGCAGGAAGAUUAUCCACUGAUGGUUAAUAAUCCAAAAAAUUAGCCAGAUCUUGUCAUCUUUGUGCCACUCUAUACGGUUCGUUGUCUUGAGACUAUGAUAUAAAGCUAGAUGCACUGUGUAUUCUGCUAAUUAUAGUAACCACUUAUUAUGAAUGCAGGUCAGGUCCAGCUCCUUCCCUGGUCUGAUGCUCAUAGUGAGCUGUCCGGAGUAGUCCAUGUUUCACUUUUUUUCUAAAAAGCCUGUAAUCUCUUUAGACAGGUUCCUAUUGCUAGGUCCAGAUCAUCUCCACUUUGUGCCGUGAAAUACGAUGCCUGUCUUAGGCCACUCCAUGUCCUCUCCAUCUUCCUCGAGGACGACAGGAAAGUGGCCGCUUAACAAAUCGCCCUCGUCUCCGAAGCCCAGCGUUUUCCGAUGUGUCGCUAUCAUAUUUUAACGGUUGACGCUUUCUGUCUGCGUUACUGGACCCUUUCCGAAAAUGGCAGAGAAGCUUUUAUUGUUUGCCAAAUGAUUUCGUGAAUUUUCCUCAUUUUUUUGUGCUUUUGAGGAAAAUAAAUGCUUUUCUAUCCUAACUGUUUAUUUACUGGCAGAACCUGCUCUCAGUUCUGUAUAACAUUCCUCCUUAAUCAUAAGAGACUGGUUUGAGUAUUUGUCAGGCUCUUUUGAACGGGAAGAUGCAUAGUGUGAUGGGUUCCUUUCCUCCAAUGUUGUGGCCCCUGGGAUCCUCCUGCAAGUCUCAUUUGGCAUGAUUGCUAGGUAUUUUUUUCCCUCCAAACCAUGCAGACUGCCUCCCCAAAUAAAUGUAAGCACACCUAUUUUAGUACCAAAGUGUUGUAAAACCUCACUUUCUUCUACACCUCAUUGUAGUUCCCAACCUUUGUUCCUCCUUGACUUCAAUUCUCAGAAGUCCCAGCCAACUAUACUGAUAGUCAGGCAUUCUGGGAGCUGAAGUCAAGAACCUAUGGAGGAAUUAAGAUUAGGUACUCCUAUGAAAUCUCACUUUUCUCUAAAGUCCCUCUCAAAAUGGGGACAGGACACUUGCUAUUUUCAGAUGGGCCGUAGAGGAGAAUGGAGAUGAUUUAGGCUAGCAAUAUGGCUGUAUGGGAAGGUCUGGUUUAUCAUGAAAACAAUCAAUAAAAUAACAGUCAACACAAUAAUACAUUCAUGGAGCCUACGUCUUUGCAAUGCUAAUCUUAAUGUCAAAACAAAAAACAGAAAGAUAAAAAAUAAUACAAUCAAAUAAUUAAAAGCAACAGGUUCACAAUAAUACAUCCACAGAACCUACAUCUUUGCAAUGCAUCUAGUUUUAGUGUCGGAACAAAAUACAUAAAAAUAAAAAGUAAUAGGGUCAAAUAAUUAAAAGCAACAGGUUCAAAAUUAACCAGCUAAUGGAAGAAGAAGAUCUGAGGACACCAUAAUGAGGACUCAAGGAGGAUCACCCUAGGGAGGUCAUUAUGCAGAAAGCUCUUUAUAUUUUAUUAUCUAUUUUAUUUAUAACCCUUCUUUCUCCUGGGACUCCUUCUUGUCUGCCUGAUGGUUAUCAUGGUGCACAUGGAGUCAUGAGCUACAUCAGAAAUCACAGCAUUGGUGUGGAAGUCAUCUAGGAGCAACAUAGCAAUGAAAAUGGUGCCAAAAUGGUGUAUUAAUUGUGCAGUAUAGAUGAACCUGCAGUCACAGUCGUUCACACCUCUUAUAGUCUUUACCAUCCAUGAUCACAUGAUCACAUAGAUCAGUGGGUCUCAACCUGUGGAUCCCCAGAUGGUUUGGCCUUCAACUCCCAGAAAUCCCAACAGCUGUUAAACUGGCUGGGGUUUCUGGAAGUUGUUGGCCAAAACAUCCGGGGACCCACAGGUUGAGAACCACUGACAUAGAUCAUGGAGUUCUUAUGAAGAAUUGAGCUGGUGUUUAGAUACAACAAACUUAACAGCAUACUCACAGGACAUCCAUUAUCCAUCCAGCUUUUUUGGAGAAUGAGAUUUGGGAAUAGACAGUGGGGCCCAUUCACAAUACAGAAUUAUACCACUCUUCUUCCACUUCAGCUCCCAUGGUUUUGUCCCAGGAUUAGUAGUCUGAUGAACUACUGGAGGGCUCUGGUGAUAAUUUUAAAUACCCUUCUCUCCAAAUUAUCAACCCCAAGAUUUCAUAGGAUAGAGCCCUGAUAGUUGAAAGGGAACACUAUAAUUCUGCAGUGUGACUGUACCCUGGAUGGGCAGAUAGAACAAAACUCCUCAAUUGCAACAUUUCCAUUAAUGUCCCAGUUUCUCUGUCUUCUUCCAACUUUCCCCCUUCGCCCUCAUUGUACUUAAACUGCAAUUUCAAAGGACAAAGAUGUAGUUUGAACUUGAUUAAUGCUACCAGUAUGUUUCUGCAACCAAUUCAAAGUGCAGGUUAUUGCUCAUAAAGGCUAAUGCAGGUUCAUUCAGGUUAUCUAAAGAUGCAUGUACACUAUAGAAUUAAUGCAGUUUGACUUCACUUCAGCUGCCAUGGCUCAAUGCUAUGGAAUCCUGGGAGUCCUUGUGAAAUUACAGUUCCCAUGAUUCCAUAGCAAUGAUUUUAGUUGUUUUUGCCAGCAUAAUUCUAUGUUAUAUUUUAUAUGUUAUAUUAUACUUUAUAUGCUUCAACUGUAUUGCUUUGGCUUUCAUUAGUAAACCACUGGACUGUUGACACCCCAUCACCAAGUGUAUUUUUCCUCUCUGCUCAUAAUUACUUCCGUAAUGGCACUCCCUUCUCUCCUCCAAGGAUUAAUAAAACAUCAGAUGCUAACAGGGAGCCAGCUUUCUUCGUGUAAAGGUCACAAAAACAAGGAACCAAAUUGAGUGACACCCUCAUGUUGUCAGAGGUCAUAAUGCCUCUAUUUCUGACCCACUUCCCAGAGAGGUCAGUAGCUGGCUAGAAUGAGGUUCAUGGGUUGGUUGUUUCCACCAACUGAGAAGCCCAAAUGAUGUCAUAAGUGGACAAUCUUCAGCAGGCUCUAAAUGAGAAUAUGGCCAAUGGCAUUGAAGACCUUAUUGGGAUCCCAUUCCCAAACCACAGCAGUGAGGUCCUUUGUGGCUUGAAUGAGCAGCGGCACAACGGCCUUCUUUGCGACGUCAUUCUCAUUGUCCAGGACCAAGAGUACAGGACCCACAAAUCUGUCCUGGCGGCUUGCAGCCAAUACUUCAAGAAACUCUUCACUGCCGGCACUUUAGCGGACCAGCCCUGUGUUUACGAGAUAGAUUUUGUGAAGCCCGAUGCACUUUCGGCAAUCCUUGAGUUUGCCUACACCUCUACGCUCACCAUCACCACCGCCAACGUUAAGCACAUUCUCAAUGCAGCCAAAAUGCUCGAGAUCCCAUGCGUGAUCAACGUCUGCAUGGAAAUCAUGGAUCCAGUGGGGGACGAGGAGGAGGAAGAGGAGAAGGAAGAGGAGGAGGAGGAAGAAGAGGAGGAGGAAGAGGAAGAAGAGGAAGAGGAUGAAGAAAGGGAAGGGGAAGUUGAGGACUUUGCAGUCCAGAAUCUAACAGAUGCCCAAGAUGGCAGCUGUCACCAAAGUCCAUCCAAAUCUGACCUUGCUGAAGAAGUAUAUUCAGAAAUGCAGAGUGGUUUCUCCAGCCACUUCCCAGCUGGGACACCAAAUGGAAGCCUAGGAACCAUAAGAGACUUCUCCAUUGAGUCCCUCCUAAGGGAAAACUUGUAUCCCAAAACUGGCCUUCCUGAACGGAGGCCAACUCUGUCUCCGUUUGUUCCCGACCUCUUCCCCCACCUGUGGAAUGGAGAUUUUGGCACCUUCUCCCAAGUUGAGGAGGCCCAGUUGGACAAUGGGCCCUUGGAUCUGGUCAUCAGAAAAAGGAAAAUCAAGGAGGAAGAAAAAGAGGAGCCAUCUCCGCCCACCCCUUUUCCCAACAGCCUCUUCAAGGAUAUGUUUGGCAGCAACCCAGCUGGCCAUUUGGGACACAUUAAGGCCGAAAAUGACUAUAGUGCUUACCUGAAUUUCCUCAGUGCUGCCCAUUUUGGUGGGGUCUUUCCUCAAUGGCCGGAGGAAAGGAAGAUUAAACCCAAAGCUUCCCAGCAAUGCCCCAUCUGCAACAAAAUAAUCAUGGGGGCAGGGAAGCUGCCACGGCACAUGAGGACCCACACAGGAGAGAAGCCAUAUAUGUGCAGUAUCUGUGAAGUUCGCUUUACCAGGCAAGACAAGCUGAAGAUCCACAUGCGGAAGCACACUGGAGAAAGGCCCUACCUCUGCAUCCAUUGCAAUGCUAAAUUUGUCCACAACUACGACCUGAAAAACCACAUGCGUAUCCACACGGGCAUCCGUCCUUAUCAGUGCAAGUUCUGCUACAAGAGCUUCACCCGCUCAGACCACCUUCACCGCCACAUCAAACGCCAGAGCUGCCGGAUCUCCCGGCCCAGGAGGGGACGCAAACCGGCCACAUGGAGAGCGACGAGCUUACUCUUUGCACCAAAUGGCCAGCCAGAUGACAAAAGCUUCAUGAUGCCUCCAGCUCUAGAAGAGAUGAGCAGCCACCUCGGCAGCGCAGCAAUGUGCCUUCCAGGCCCAAGCCCAAAGCAUUUUCUGGACGGGGCCAAGAAUGCCCUGAAUUUACAGGAGCUGGAGAGCCAGUUUGAGGAAACCCAAAUGAAACUCUUUGGGAGGACGCACCUGGACAUGGAUCCAAAUGGCGGACUCUUUGCCUUUGCACUGGGCCACAACGACAGCCUCUCGGCCCGACCGUUCUUCUCCCUCCCGGAUCCGUGGAGCACAGGGUUCGGAGGACUGACGGGGCUCGGCCACCUUGGUCCCAUUACAGAAGCUACCAACUAAGCCACUUUCUGGCCAGUGGAUGGGCUUGGCCCUCUUUAGCACUGCUUCGGCCCCCUCUUGCGACGGGAUUCAUCAAGAUUAAGGACUGCCUUUUUUCUUAUUGAAAGACUGUGUUGCAAAUUGAACUGCACAGCCCUGUUCAAACUUCAGAAAAAGACAUCUCUUCGUUGUAUCCGAUCAAUAUAGAAGGAGGAAACCAGAACUGUUCCAACAUACAACUUCUUCUUCCUCUUCUUUUUCUCAUUUUUAAAAAAAAUGUACAGAAAACAAAUUCUGACUGUUUUGCAGAUGACCAUUCCCUUCAGGUUGGGAGGUUUGUUUGGGGUUGGAUUGCCUUUUUAAACAAAACAAACAAAGAAGUACUGGUGGGGUAGGGUUGACCUGCAGUUUGGAGUCCUUGUAAAAUAUCCAAAGAUUCUGAGUACUGUAUAAUCUGCAAGAACUUGAAAAAACAAACAAAUGGGGGACCAUUGGGGAGGGGAUUACGUUUCUUGAUUGUUGGGAUGGGAUUGUGUGUUUGGGAGGGUGGAAGCUCCUUUGGAAUUUUUCUAUUUAUAACUAUUUUUAUGUGAUUGCUUUACGUAAAGAAGAAAAGAGAAAAAAAUACAGCAUAUAGCGGAUUUGCCUUAGAUAAUCAAGGGACAAUCAUCCUUAACUUUUGUUGAAGUUUUAGGUUUGUGUGUGUGUGUGUUUUUAAAAAAAAAUACAAAGAAAGAUACUUUUAUGUAUUUAUUAAGCAGUAUUAAUUAAUGUUAUUUAAUUACUGGCAACAUGCAGAGUUUUUAAAAAUGCAUGGCUAGAAUCCUGUUGGGGGAUGUAUGUCUUCAUAAGUGGACUUGCGUCUGGGGGAAUUAAAAUUGCACAGUUGUGUAAUUUCCAUAUCUAGAGGCUACUGUUACAUUACUAAACCAGCAAAGUGCCCAAUGCACAUUGGUAUCCGAUAUACCCUGGGACAGAUGUCCCUUGGUUCGGGUGCGCAUCCAUUUAGUCCUAAUGCACAUCGCAUGGCUCUUGAUGAACAUUGGAUGCUCUUGCUGGUGCCCCAUGAAACGUCUUUACAGUUCAGUAAAGGGAUUUCUUAAUGUCUUUGCUGCUUAGCUAGCUAAACAUAACAUUAUGUAAUGUAACCAGCCUAAGUAAUGUAUCCUGGCCUUAACUGACCAUUGCUGGAGCGAGGAGGAUGGAAAUAUUGUCCUUCUUGUGCCCCAAUUGGAAACUGAACCCACCACCUCCAUUUGAUUCUGUUGCUAGCUCUUAAGGUGGGCUAGAAUGGUAUUUACUUAGUUUUCAGUAAGGCUAAACAGUCAGUCUUCCACAUUCACUGAUGUUAGAUGCAAGACCCCACCAGCAUCAAUUAAAAUAAUCAUCUCUACUGGAAUCUCUAGGUCCUCGAGAGCAACUCUGUGGCAGUUGUUGAACAUAUGUUCAUGCUGAAGGACCUAGAGCGGUGGUUUUCAACCUGGGAUCCCCUGAUAUUUUUGGCCUUCAACUCCUAGAAAUCCUAACAGCUGGUAAACUGGCUGGGAUUUAUGGGAAUUGUAGGCCAAAAACAUCUGGAGGCCCCAGGUUGAGAACCACUGACCUGGAGAUUCCUAGAGAGAACAUAGUAAUCAAAUCUGCAAAUAACCAAAUCUGCAAAAGUGAAACUUGCCAAUGUGGAGAGGUGAUUGUAUAGACUUACUGAAUACAAUCCAGACAAAAGCAAGCUUCCUCUGAACAAAUAUUGCCAAGAAAACCCCGGGAUAGGGUUGCCUUUGAGUUGCCAUAAGUCAAAAGCGAUUUGAAGGCACACAAGAACCCCUGACUCUUGGAGACCAAUCUGUAACUGCAAUACUGGAUACCAGCUAAUAUUUUUAUGAUGCAUGAAUUCAUGGGCAUGUUUAUCACAUUUAUACUUUACGUUGUGAAAUACACACAGUUCAGCCUGGAACAUAUUGUUGAUCUUAACAAAGGUAGACCCUUUGAAUCAGUGGGAUUUACCUAUGUGUAAAACUCACCAUUUGACAAUGAAUUUAACAGAAUUCAAGCCCUAAAGUGUACAUUUAGAACUAGACAAAAUAUGUCAAUAAGCUCAUAACAGUUUCAGUUGUUUGGUGUCAUUCCGUUUGAUUUAGGGACCCACAAUUCGGGCAGUACUUUAAACGGCCUUUUAAAUGUGACUUUGCACCUUAUUAGACUAUUGAUUGUUAAAAAGAAACAAUGGAUGCUGAUUGUGUUACUAUUGUUAACAAGUUAAGGUUGAUUGCCCCUGGAUGAUCUGGUUUGGAUUAUAUGUUAACUGGUUCAUGGCUCAGUUCAUUUUCUGGUGGAAGAAACAAUACACACUUUUCAUGCUC